CGCUCCCCCCUCGUGUUGCUUUUUAUGUGUUGGUAGAACUUCGGGAGAACUUUCUUCAGGUUCGCUUUGUUGAAGUCCCCCGCCACAAUGAAAGCAGCCUCGGCGUGUGCCGACUCCUGCUCGCUGAUCGCCCCGUAGAGUUCCUUCAGCGCUAUGUCCGUGUUAGCUUGAGGCGGAAUGUACACAGCAGUUACGGUGACUGCUGUAAACUCCCGCGGUAGCCAGAAUGGUCGACACAUGAGCAUUAGGUACUCCAGGUCCGGGGAACAGAACGACUUGAGAGUAUGUACAUGACUCUGGUUGCACCAAGAUCUGUUUAUCAUGAGACAUACCCCCCCUCCACGAUCUUUACCAGAGAGAGUCUUUGUUCUGUCCGCGCGGUGGACGGAAAAUCCUGCCGGCUCGAUGGCUGAGUCGGCAACAUCCUCCGACAUCCAUGUCUCCGUAAGGCAGAUGAUGCAGUUGUCCUUAGUUUCCCGGUGGAAUUGAAUACGAGCCUGUAGCUCGCAUAGCUUAUUGUCCAAAGACUGUACAUUUGCCAGUAAAAUGGUGGGUAGUGGGGGUCGAUUGGCUCGGCGUCUCAGCCUAACCAGCACGCCAGCUCGCUUCCCCCUCCGUCGGCGACGUUUGCGUGAGAUCGCGCCUAAAAUGGACGGAGAUAGUUCCGCUACUGUUCCUGGCGGGACGUCCGAGUAAGAGUUGAAAAACUCUGGUAGGCGGCGAGCAACUGCCGAUCCAAUCUCCAGAAGUGUGCAUCUGUCGUACGUUAACCGGCUGCUAACGUUUUGUGCAAAAAUAGUCGCAAUAAGAAGAAUAAAUAUAAAAAAACUGCUACAAAAUCCGGGAGCUCGCAACACAGCGGCCAUCACGUACGGCGCCAUAUCACAGCUGCCAUUACUGACACAAAUGCUUUUCUGUCCCUAUCGGAUUCUUUAACCCUUGUGUUGCCUUAGGGUUAUUUUUACCCGAAUCAAUAUUACACCCUCCCCCCGCCUUAGGAUUAAUUUGACCCCAUUCAAUGUUUAAUGUCGGUGUUCUUUCGGUAGUCAACAAACAAACAUAAAGUGCCUCACACUUAAACUUGGAAAACAAUAUUAAUUCUAAUAAUUUUCUGGAGGUUUUAAUUGCUGGCGUCAAAUUGAACCCAAAGGGUAAAAUAUGUUAGUAAAUAUAAAGGUAACAGGAGGGUGAAAUAUUGAAUCGGGUCAAAAUGACCCAAAGGCGGGGGCAGGGUGUAAUAUUGAGUCGGGUCAAAAUGACCCUAAGGCAACACAAGGGUUAAGAAAGUGUUGCUGUCUUCUGUGCCAUUUUGGGGACAUGAUUGUGUUUGUGGAAACAAAUGUAUGCAAGCCAGGCUAUUUGUCCGUAAAUAACAUGGUUAUUAAAAAUGUGAUUUGAUUGAUAACCAGGUUGAAUUUCUCAUACGAUUUGGCCUUUUUGGCUCGCACACAAUUCAAAUUUGGUAGAAUGACUGGUGACCUCUUACUCAUCGGCCAACAACUGGUCAUUCUCUCGGACGGACACGCCCCAACGUUAUGCCGGGCUUGCAAUACUCGAGCGGAAACCCCGAAGGGUGAAGCUACGCUAUGCAGUCACACAGCUGACAGCCUGCAGCUGUAGUUGCUGAUGCAGAGGGGGGAGUGGUGGCAUGUGUAACUCUCCUAGAAGUCUUGAAGUUGCAAACUUCUUGCAAGAUGGUUGGGAUUAGGCAUUGACCUUGACGGUUACAGUUAAGGUCAGGUCUUCAGGCAGCAAGUCUCAAGAGUUUUUGUAUGUUUUCCCAACUUGUGGGUUACCAUCUAGAGAAUCGAGACACAACCUCUCUCCCAGACAGGCAAGUAGGGACUGAGUGUUUCUGCAUUAAAUCAGCAAUGCCCUUUAGUCACCCAGAGACGUACACACGUUUGGUUUGUAAAAUAGUGAGUGAAGAUUAAUGUGAGGGAUGACGAAUUACAAAUAGCUAGAUGCAAUUUUGAAAAAAACAUUCUAUUUAGAGAUUAAAGUGUUAUGUGACUUUAUUUUUACCUCAGGGUUUCACCUAAGGAGCCUCUGUAAUUGGAAUUCUUAACCAUGAAAGCUCUCUGUGGACGGGAUUAGUUUUCUCUGAGAUGGACUGGUUUUGUUUGUCUGAAGCUCCCUGCCCCAUCUCCGUUAAGUGGAUCCCUAUAUGCACUCUUUUGUUUUGUCAUGCUUGUCUGCCUUUUUUUAUGGCUAGAGGAUCAAUAAUUUAAGUCAAGAUACAUUACAUUACUUGCAUUUCAUUUAGCUGAUGCUUUAAUCCAAAGCGCCUUACAAACGUGUUACAUUUAGACACCAUGUCGACACGGCUACAGGGAACAAUUCAGGGUGAAGGGUCUUGCUCAAGGACACAUCGACUAGAGCGGGGAUUCAACUGCCAACCCCUUGAUUGAAAGACGGACCUGCUAUCUGCACUCACCCACAAUCGCCUUUUCUUUUUUUAAAAUUACUAAUCAUGUGUUAGAAUUAUGCACCGACUAACGGAACGAUCCAGUUAUCCAAGGAGCGUGGCUAAUUUCUUAUCACUCAUAAGCCCCCGGAACAUUUGACCCAUCCUCACGGGACUGUUGUCAUCCAAGCAUUCGGAUGCCGUGAGACAUGCACUCAAUUUGUUGCUUGAAUUACUCGGAUAAGGAAAUAAAUAAGAUCAUGGUUAAUUGUAUUGCAAUAAAGCAUGCGGUUAAUUUGGGGGGAAAGAGCGUUUCUGUCUUCCGCAUGUACCGUAUCCUCGCACCAUGCUAAUGAUUGAUGAAUGCAACAGACUCGAUGUGAUGCUCGUUAUUGUUUUGCUGUUGUAAUCGAUGUCUCUCCAUUUUGAGUGUGCUUCAGAAAUAUGAUCAUCCUCUUGAAUCGCUGACAUAUUGGUAUAAUAGUUGGUGUAAUCAAGCAUUGAAAGUCAGUCGGGUUACUUUUACUUCGUCAAUUAAUGGUUAGAUUCGGACACACGUGUAGAUAUUUAACAGGCUGCGUCCGUGCUUUGUAAAAUGUACCAUUUCCUUAACGGACGCAUGCUUUUCUCACAUGUCGCUGUAGGGAACCCUCUUCUGGCGGCAGUCCCGAGUCGGCACAGGAUGAAAGGAAAACGUCUGGAUGGAGUCGCCUCUCUGAUCUAGAGGGAACUGUUACUUCUUGAAGUUUAGCAAAGCUGUCAUCUGUUGACCGGUCACCUGGCAGCCUUCAGACUGUAUCGGCUGGAGUCCACUGGCCUGGACAAGACACUGGGAUCCUCAGGGCUUAGUGUUUACAAGAGAUCCAGAAAUCCAGUCAAAGGAGAGCAUUUUAUGUUUUGUUGUUGGCAAGUUGCUGAGUUGGUCCCAUUCAGACUGAAUCGAGUUCUUUGGUUGCGAUGCGGACGACUUUUUAGAGACCAGUCAAAAGUUCACCAUCAACACGAUUCUUUUCAAGCUCCAGCUGUGGAAAGCACCAAAUGUAUCCGUGAGACUCUCUCGUUACUUCUCUGUGGGCAUUAUGUUGACCCUAAUCUAAAUCCAUCAGCAACUCAUCCCUACCUUUCCCUCCCAUCUCCCCUCCCCACACCCUUUCCCAUCUCCAUCAUGACCAGUCUGAAGCGUUCUCAGACAGAGCGCUCGGUUGGGGGCUCAGUGCCAGCUUCUGAUGAGUUCUAUACCCGCCGCCUGCGACUGCCCAAUGGAGGGGCACCACCACCACGCAGUGAGAGCACCCACAUCUCCUCUUCAACCACCACCGGCACCAACCCUGGCGUCCCCAAGAUGGGGGUUCGAGCUCGCGUGGCCGAUUGGCCCCCGAGGAAGGAUGGGGGAGGAGGGGGUGUCUGGCACAUUACUGUGGAAUCGGACUCACCCAGCUCUUCCAACACCACCAGCUCUUCAGGAUCCGGGAGUGGUGAUAGAGAAAGACUUGGUGGAGGGGGAUCAGGUGGAGGAGGAGGAAGUGGUGGCAGUGGUAGUAGUGGCAGUGGAGGAGGAGGAGGAGGAGUGUCAGCUGUCACAGCCCACAGCAAUCUGUCGGCCAAGCUGGGCCACCUGAUAAGCCCACAGGACUCAUCAAUGCUGCGGAACAUCCACAACACACUAAAAAACAAGAUGCAGAGCAAGGGAAAGGACAACCGCUUUCUGUCACCCGAUGGCUAUCUGGGCUCACCUCGCAAAGGCAUGAGGCGCAUCCGCCAGCGCAGUAACAGUGACAUAACAAUCAGUGAGCUGGAUGUGGAUGGCAAUGAGGGCUGGUCUUUCUCCGGGUGGACACCCAUGCACCGCGAGUAUGGCAGCACUUCAUCCAUAGAUAAACAUGGUGUUUCAGGUGAGAGCUUCUUUGACAUGCUAAAAGGAUACCAGUCCUCCGAGGCCCCCGAUCAACGGAGCCCAGCUCCAGAGAAGCUAACGGAGCUACUUACCGUGGCCCCAACUAAACAACUGGCCGCACUGGACCUGCCAGAUGGAGCUUUAGGUCCAGUCAGAGGAAGUCCUGCCAGUCGGCUGAAGGAGCGAGAGAAGCACUUGAAGAGGAGGUCAAAGUCGGAGACGGGUGGAGAAUCAAUAUUCCGUAAGCUGCGUAGUGUGAAGGUGGAAGGUGACACAUCGAGAGCUGGCUCAGAUGCUGAAGACGGGGGAAAGGGGGAUGACGGUGGUCCCCCUCCCAAACCAUGGGGUUGUCAAAAAGGCUUUGCCCAUUUUGAUGUCCAGUCUCUACUCUUUGACCUCAAUGAGAUAAUCCACAGUCGGCAGUCUGGGUCGAAACGCAAGAACACCACUACCGGAGCCUCGGCAGCUGCCGCCGCCUCCGCUUCGGCCACUUCCUCCCUCGCCUCCAAUCAGAGUGGAGUGGAUGGGUCGCCCUGUGGCUCACAAGAGGAGCUGAGCAAGGAGGGGAUGGGAGGACACGGUACCAACCCUGCCUUGGACCCCGGCGAUAAGAGCAAUGACCUGGUGCUCAGCUGCCCUUGUUUCAGGAACGAGAUCGGGGGAGAGGGGGAGAGGAACAUCUCGUCUGCUAAACAGCCGGGCAGCAUUGGUAGUGGUGGGAUCUCAACCAGUUCUUCAGGCAGUACAGAGGACGGACCUUUGGAUGCCACCCUCACUACUAACUUUACCAACGCUGGUGUGGCAGUGCUGGAGGCCGCCAAGGACGGGCCAAGUCAACACGCUGACCGGUCCAAACGUUACAUCGUGGAACACGUGGACCUCGGCACCUAUUACUACCGAAAGUUCUUCUACCUCAGAGAACACUGGAACUAUCUGGGGGUCGAUGAGAACCUGGGCCCAGUAGCAGUGAGUCUGAGGAGGGAGAAAUUGGAUGAACACAAGGAGCAUGGCCAGCAAUAUAACUACAGGGUCAUCUUCAGAACCAGUGAGCUGAAUACCCUGAGGGGCUCCAUCCUGGAAGAUGCAGUACCUUCCACAUCCAAGCACGGACUAGCUCGGGGCUUGCCCCUCAAAGAGGUGCUGGAGUACCUGGUGCCUGAGCUCAACGUCCACUGCCUGCGCCUCGCACUCAACACGCCAAAGGUCACUGAGCAGCUAAUGAAGCUGGACGAGCAGGGGUUGAGUUUCCAGCGGAAAGUGGGGGUGAUGUACUGCAUGGCGGGCCAGAGCGGCGAGGAGGAGAUGUACAACAAUGAAUCGGCUGGUCCUGCACUGGAGGAGUUCCUGCAUCUGCUGGGGGAGAGGGUCAGACUCAAAGGCUUCACCAAGUACCGGGCCCAGCUGGACGCCAAGACUGACUCUACAGGCACCCACUCCAUGUACACCACCUACAAGGACUACGAGAUCAUGUUCCACGUGUCGAGCAUGCUGCCAUACACACCCAACAAUAAACAACAGUUGCUGCGAAAGCGACAUAUCGGGAAUGAUAUCGUCACGAUCGUGUUCCAGGAACCCGGGGCACUUCCCUUCACCCCCAAAAACAUCCGCUCACACUUCCAGCACGUCUUUGUGGUUGUGCGUGCUCACGACCCAUGUUCAGACAACAGCUCCUACAGUGUGGCUGUCACUCGCUCCAAAGACGUACCCUCUUUCGGCCCUCCCAUCCCAGAAGGCGUCACCUUUCCCAAGUCGUCUGUGUUCCGGGACUUCCUGCUGGCCAAGAUCAUCAAUGCCGAAAACGCGGCGCACAAGUCGUACAAGUUCCGCGCCAUGGCCACCCGAACGCGCCAGGAGUACCUGCGCGACCUGGCUGAGCGCCACACCACCAGCACACCCAUCGAUCCCUCUGGAAAGUUCCCUUUCAUCUCACUGGCCCACAAGAAAAAAGAGAAGAGCCGGCCGUAUGGAGGGGCGGAGCUGCGCAGCCCCGGGGCGGUGACCUGGAUGGUCCACGUCGAGGAUCACGGGAGCGGAGGGGAACUGGAGGCUCUACUGGCCAUCUCCAAUGACUUCCUCAUCCUGUUGGACCAGGAAGCCAAGGCCGUGGUGUUAAACUGUGCCGUUAAGGACGUGAUUGGCUGGACACUGAUUAGCUCUGCCUCUUUGCGGAUUUUCUACGAGCGGGGGGAAAGUGCGUCUCUGAAGACUAUCGGUAACACCACUGAGGAUUUCAAAGAGGUGGUGAAACGUCUUGAGUUCCUGACUAAGGGCUGCGAGACUUCAGAGAUGACGCUUCGUCGUAACGGUCUCGGGCAGCUCGGCUUCCACGUGAACUACGAAGGCAUCGUCGCUGAGGUGGAGCCAUAUGGCUACGCCUGGCAGGCGGGACUACGGCAGGGAAGCCGGUUGGUAGAAAUCUGCAAAGUUGCGGUAGCAACUCUGACCCACGAGCAGAUGAUUGACCUCCUGCGGACCUCAGUGACGGUGCGUGUUGUCAUCAUUCCACCACAUGAUGACGCCACUCCACGCAGAGGCUGUUCAGAGCUCUAUCGGAUGCCUGGGUCAGAAUACAAGGGCAGCAGCAGUGAUAGCGGCUCCUUCGACUACAAGUUUCCUUUCCGCAGUAACAACAACAAGUGGCAGAGGACGUCCAGCAGCCCCCAGCAGUCCCUCACCGCCUCGCCACAGCCCCACCAGCCCAACCGGGCCAUCAGCCUGGGGAGCUCAGUGGGGAAGACCCUGUCAGCCGAGAGGCUGGAGAGGGGCGCAGCCAUCCCACGCAGUGUCAGCAGCGAUGGCCGGCCCUUGGAUACCAAGAGGAUGUCUCCGGGCAGCGAGGGCUACAGCCUGGCCUCCUCGCUGGCGUUGGGUCGCUCCCCCCACAAUCGCAGCUCGCCCAGCAACCUCUCGUGUUCCAGUGACGCCUCCGGAAGCUCUGCUCACUGGAGACAGAAGUCCAUGCCUGAGCAAUUUGUUGGCAGCCACCACUCUCCGAUGUCUGCAGAGAGACGAGAGGGGGCUGCAGAGGGCGGUUCCAGUGGAAAGUCCACUCCUAAUUGGUCGAGACUGGAGGAAGGGGGAGGAGCCGAACGAGCAUCGACAGAGACCCCGGUCAACAAGUCUGGUCAAGGCUACUCUGGAGCUCCUCGCAUCCAAAGACAAGAGCAGGUCAUUCACCUGUCCCCGAAGAAGAGCAGCCAGCAGUCGGACGGCCCUUAUUCUGGCCACUCCAGCAGUAACACUCUCUCCAGCACGGCGUCCAGCGGGGGCCACAGCGACAGCGAUAAAUGGUUUGAAAUGGGAGCGGGCGGAGGCUCCAGUGGAGACCAGGGUGAGUCGGAGCCCAACGGCCUGGGCGGAGGGGGCUACCUCCAGGGGGCGUCUGCCGACAGCGGCAUUGACACCAGCUCUUACGGAGCCUCUCACCACGCACACCCCCACUCUCAUCAUGGCAGCACCACCUCCCUGCUGGCUCCUAGCGGAGGCAGGGAGAGCCGGGACAUGGCAGCGUCUCCGUGGCACAGCCCCACAGAGGGGAGCCGCAGGAUGCUGGAGAGGUCUCCGGCUGCAGCCGAGUCCCCGGGCCCUCCAGCCGAAAGGAGUGUGGAGGGGACGGGCAGAAGCCCACCUACUCACCUCCUCGUUAGAGACAGCAGCACCUACAGUCUGAAUGAAGCUGGAGCACACUCCAGUGCCAGGCAUUCAGGCCACAGCUCCCCAAGAGAGGAGUCCUCCUCUGCAGCCACUGCUCCUUCAUCCCAGUCCUCAUCAUCAUCCCCUGGGCCUAAAAGCUUCUACCCCCGCCAAGGAGCUCAGUCCAAGUACCUGAUUGGCUGGAGGAAACCCGGUUCCACCAUCAAUUCUGUUGACUUUGGGGACACACGCAAGAAGUCUCCGGGGGAAGGUGGAUUGGAGGUCGCUCCAACCCCAGCAGCCAGGCCCUCUCUUCGGGAUAUGCACUCGCCCCAGCCUCACGCCAAAUCUACGAUGGAGGAAGAUGUGAAGAGACGCUGUGCCCCGGACAGCCCUCCAGCACCACGGCGACAUAAAGAAAAGCACGGACAGAAAUCGCCACCGAGCCAGCCUCUGAGCCACCGUCGCUCGCUCCAUCGCACCCUAUCGGAUGAGAGCAUCUAUCGUGGCCAGCGCCUUCCUCCGCUGUGUAACUCCAUCACGGAACAGACACUCGGCGCAGAUGUUCUCUUCAGCUGCUCCACCCUCCCACGCUCACCCACCACCCGCGGUGUUCCUCUCAGACGGCCUUCCUAUAAGCUGGGAGUCAAAAUCCACGGUGACCUUUCGGCAUCCGACACAUCGUUGGUGGAUUUGGUGGAGCGUCAUCGCGGCCCUCUCCCUCAGGAGCUGAUGCCCCUCCCGUCUCAAGACCGAGACGACACCCUCGAUUGGACACACCUGGUGGAUGUGGCCAAUACAUUUGAUAGUGAUAGAAACACACACUACGUCCAGAGAAGUUACGUGUUCGGAGAUUCAAACCACAGAAGCAGCGGCGCCUCCAGUCCCCAACAGCCACACAUAGAUCUGCAGCCGGCUCCGCUGUCUCGGCCCACCUCCAGUGAGGGUCACAUAGGGCUGGAGAGGAAGGUCACCAAGCUGGAGGCGAUGGUGAAGAUGCUCCAGGAGGACCUGAAGAAGGAGCAUGACGAGAAGGUGCGGCUGCAGGGUCAGAUCAAGAGGCUGUGGGACGACAACCAGAGGCUGCAGGAGGAGUCGCAGACCUCCGCCGCCAAGCUCAAGAAGUUCACCGAGUGGGUCUUCAACACCAUCGACAUGAACUGACGCCCACCCGCACAUCGUCACUCGCCCACGCACACAUGCACACAUACGUCAGCACACACAGACUGGAUGGAGGCGCAGAGCGGGAAGAAGAGCGGAGGCUUGUCGGACCCAGUCGGCCCGAUGCUGCCGAACCCUCCGACCAUCUCCCACGGGGUUCGACCUUCAGCGGGGUCGUAUCAUCGGCCGGCCUCUGUGUUCACCUUCUCAGGAUGAGACUCAAGGAAAAUGUGUUUUUAUCAGAUUAUGACAGACUGCCCUCUACUCUCCAAUAGCUCCACGAGACCGUUGCUGAAUUGAUCUCUCUCUCAUCUCGCUGUGCCAAAAUCUUUGUUUUUGUGCAAAAUGUCCAACAAGAGGAAGCUCCUCCUCCUCUCCUUCCUCUCAGACUUCUCCCUGCCAUGCCUUCUCAGUGGGUGUGAUUCUCUUUAGGGACAACCUGCGGUCCAUAUAUGGUCUGUUCCUCUGUUCCCAUAUUCAAUCACUUACUUGAGUCGUUUGUGCCAAACCAAACCCGCCUCAGCAGAGGGUAGCAGACAGCCAUGUGACUUAAGAGACGACGUCUCUGAAAUGCCACGUGAAGUCUGACCGGUCUGCCGUACACGGGAUCUGAAGCCUCAGGACCACUGGACACAGGAGUUGUUUUCAAGUCCUUCACAUGUGAAUGGAGAGUCGAGACUCUGAGUGUUUCCUGUCCUGGAAGCUUCUGACCACUGAAGGGCCAUCGUGGCCAGUUUCCAGCCUCCGACAUGGUAGCAGGUUGACGAAGGGAAACGUGGAUUUGUACAGUGUUCUUUUUCUCUCCUCUGCGUCACUCAUCUCUGGAUUACAGCGUCCUGUUUGUCCCGACAGCACAAACCAACACCUGGCAGAGGAGUAUAUUUAUAAGCCAUUGGCAAGUGGUGCCAUUCAACAUGACUGAUAUCCAGAGUGCUUUGGUCCAUUCCAAUUGUAUGUGUCUUAAAUAGCAAUAGGAAGAAGUCAGGACUCCUGUCUCUCAACAACAAAAGUGGAGAGAAGACAUUUCAAGUGGGAAAUGAUGUUUUAAAGGUUACAAGCCUAAAAGACACCCAUCUGUGUCUUCCAUUAAAGCCCUGAACGCCAUGCUUUAAGGAAAGAGGAGAGGACUCCACUCGCCAGCCCACUGUCUGGAAUACUGAGAGCCACCUGAUAAGCAAUGACAGACAUUUUUUGGGAGGGAAAAGUUCUAAGGGAUGUUUUUCCCCGGGUUAAUUUAUUUCCUUGUAUUAUAAUUCAAAAAAAUAAGUUGUUCUAUUCGUACAGUACAACUGACAACAGUGUUUAGUUCCUCAAGAAAACGGUCACUUGCGAUAUUAUUUAAAUGGCUUUCUUUCUUAAUUCUGGCUAAAGCCGUGCUAUAUGCUUUUAAACCUGUAUUAUGUUGAAUUCUGUAGUCGUGUUGCUUACAGUGCCCUCUAGUGGUGACCAGUGGAAAUGUCAUGAUUAUUAUCUGUGCUGCCAGUCACUCUGUACAUUCCUCACUCGUCGUCAACAAUCAGCCAGACGUGGACCGGCGACCACGAAGAGACCCCGAAGCUCUGAGAGACGAUCCCAGGUGGACUCUGGAUGAAGGGAGCAGACCUUCGGUGGACUCGGACGUGUGUUACAAUUUGACAUGUAUAGUUUUCCUCAGGUUCGGCCGGCGUUGGGACAGUGAGGAUCUUUAGAGAGUAAAGACGACUUGCGUGAUGAGAGUAAGGAAGCGCUCCGGGACUUUCCUCUGGUGUGUUGUCGUCAUGUGAAUCUUCACGGGUCUAUUCAGCCGUGCCUACACUCACUCGUUUUGGUCAUUUACUCCCAGGCAGAGCAGGGAUGUGCCUUUGAGACAGCACCUGGGGAACAGAUGAAAGGGAAAGGCUCUUCAUCCAGAAAAACAAACAAACAAACACACAUACUUACCUUGCACACACACGCAUUAGUUUUAAAUAGCCUCAUACUCACAGUUGUGGACCUCUCGUGUGUUUUUGUAUCGAGAGGCGUGUGUGUGAGACGUGUGCGUCCGUGCCUUUGCAUUCAGUUGCAUGCCGUGUAUCUUUCAGGGCAGUGAUGAGAGGGUAUCGGAAGAAAUGUUCCCCCAAAUUAUGAAGCUGAUUACAACGCAGGCCACCAAGCUUUGUCCUCAGCCAGCUGUCUGUUGGGGUCACUUCAGGUCACGAGCUGGAGCAUGUAUGUUGAAACUGUCUCCACAUGCAUGGUCUAAGCCUUAAAUCCCCCCCCAUCCCCCCCUCGAUGAAAAAACACUCAGUUUUUGAAUCUCUAGAAGUCGAUUAGCAUCUUGAAUUGAUGUAAUUGAAACCCUGCAGCAUAAAGCACAACACACAGCCGACUGUAAAGAGAAUAUGAACAGGCUCACGGUGUUUAAUGUAACUGACUAAGCAGUUUAGCAGGGAGAUGAGUGACCGAUGGACCGGUUCUGUUUUAAGAAUCUCUUGGAUUAUAACCAGUGGACAGUCGAGUGCUUCAUUGUUUCCGCUUGAUUUGGUUGCAUUACUGAGUUGGCCAGUUGUGAAAAGCGUCGAGUCGUCAUCCAACUAUGUGAAGUCAGUAAAAAUGAGUCGUAGGCUAUAGGCAGGAAUGUUCCCAAAUCGAGGUUUCGACUGUACAUUGUUUUGAGCACUAGUUUCCUCACCAGAACUUCGGCAUGUAGACGCUUGAAUAAUCACUCCUGGGUAAUGUUUGGUAUUUUAUCGUAGGUGGAACGUGCUCCAGCUUUCUGUAUCCAAAAUGACAAACUGCAGAUGUGUUGCUCGCAUCUUUAGAAGUGACGUUGGAUGUUAGAUACAGCUGUGCACCUUAUUCAAAGACAUUCUCACACACACACACACACACACCAGUUACUUCAGUAUAAUAAUACAGUGCGCACAGUAUAAUAAUACAGUGCGUGUAGUUUUGUUUUUCUUUCCUCAGAUUAGUUGUCGGUGCUUUUCGGAGGCAUGUGGGAAAUGUGAAUGUUCAGAGGUUCAAAUGUUCCAUUUUAUAAUAUCGUUUAUUUUUAAGAACCUUUGCACAAUGUUUUAUAAAAACUGCUCGUGUCGACAGGUUUGGGCUAUGAAGGGUGAUUCGGUCCAUUCCUGUGUUAUCUAGCUCGUCGUGAUGUCACGCUGUAGUUUUCCUGCCGAUGAGAAAGCGAGAAAGGUGCUGGACUCUGUUCGCCUCGGAGGACGCUGGUUCUCUGACGAGCUCCACCGGCCCGGUUGUGGAUUGUGAGGAAGGUUUCGAGAAGCCCGGUCCCGGCUCCCGUUCAGAAGAACACGGCGAGCAGUGGAGGGAUCGGCGCUGACUGGAGAUCGAGCAAACUAUUUCAAGAGGACCGUUUGUUCGUUUGACAGAGUUUAAAAUACCGUUUACAUCCCGGGUCCAUUGUCUUUGUAACAUGUAAAGGUUUUAAAAAGACAUUUGCAGUGAUCACAGUAUUAAAGUUUCUGAAAUAAAUAAAUGCCGUAUCAACUGGU